AUGGCCAUUAUAGGAAAGCCUCUGUAUGGGACACAUGGGGAACUCCUACAUGAUGGGAAAUAUGGGAUAUUCCCAUUCACACAGCAAGAAAGGGCAAAAAAGUCAAGCAAAAACAGACCAGCUGGCACAUUGGUCACAAAAGCACUUCAAAAUGUCAACAGAGAUGCAAUAAGGGACAUGCUACUUCACAAAGUCAUACCAGCAAUAGUGUCAAAAUGGCCAGCAACACAAUCACCAGAUUUGAAUGUGUUAGACUUAGGUCUAUUUAGAUCUAUUCAAUCUUUGCAAUAUCAAUCUUUUCCAAAGAAUGUAGAUGAACUUGUUGAAAAGGUCAUUGAGUCUUAUAACAAUUUCAAACCAGAUUUAAACAAGUAUAUUUGGGUGACAUUACAAAGAUGCAUGAUCAAGAUUCUAAAGGCAGAAGGAGGGAACAAGUAUAAAAUACCACAUAUGAACAAGAAAAAGCUUGAGAAUUUAGGCAUUCUCCCAAAUCAGAUUGAAGUAGAAAGGAGUAUAGUGGUGGAAGCUGUGGAAUACCUGAACACAAUGUUCAGGCCAACACCCCAGGGAAAUCAUGAAGCAGAAACAGAAGACAUGGAGGUAGAUGCAGACUAA